CACACAGGAUUGAACGUCUUACGAUCAUGGCUAGCGUCGCCACCCAGUCCACCGCACUCGUGCAGCAGCGCGUGACCGCGAAGACCGCGCGCUCGGCCCGCUCGGCCCGCGCCGUCGCCCCCGUGCGCGCGGUCGCGAGCAACGAUGCGGGGUCCACUCGCCGCCAGGCUGUGCUCUCCGGCAUCGCCGCUGCCGCCGCGUCUCUCGCGCCCGCGGGCCCCGCGCUCGCGCUCAGCGGCUUCAACGUCGUCAAGGACACCCGCAAGGGCUACCAGUUCUACUACCCCGUGGGCUGGCAGGAGAUCACCGUCGACGGUCAAGAUGCGGUCUACAAGGACAUCAUCGAGCCCCUCGAGUCCGUCGCGCUCAACAUCUACCCCACUAGCCGCGAGUCCCUCACGGAGAUCGGGAACCCCGACGAGGUGGCGAAGACCCUCGUCGCGAAGGCGCUCGCCGUCCCCGGCGCGCAGGCCAAGGUGCUGAAGACCGCCCAGCGCAAGGACAAGGAGGGCCACCUCUACUACGCCUUUGAGUACGUCACCAAGACCAACUCCUACGAGCGCCACGCGCUCACCAUCGUGACCAUCACCCAGGGCCAGUUCUACACGCUCACCACCGGCUCGUCGGAGAGGCGCUGGGAUAAGAUGAAGAGCAGGCUCCAGACCACCAUCGACUCCUUCAACGUCUACUACUAAAGCCUUAUAGACUGCGCGGAGGGUGGGGGUUUGCGGGGAAGAGAGACAGAGACUUAUCAAUACUAUCUUAGCUCAACG